UUGGACUGAUUACAUUUUGACUAAAUGGAUGAACCCAAUCGACCACAUGGAAUUCUUCAUUUUCCCAUUCAUUCGGUGCCACUAAACCCUAAACCUGGCGGUGCACAAUCGGGCUUGUGAAGUUGAAUUUCCUAACGUCUACUGUUUUUCGGUCUUCUCCUCAUGCUUCUGUACAGGUUGGGUUCAAUUUUAAUUGGCAACAAAAUUCUUGGAGAGGGGAUUGAUGUAUUGAGUCAAAGAUGACGAAGAAUCGGAAGAAACAAAGAGGUGUUGCCGCCAUGGAGGACGACACCCCUACCGUUGCUGCAAGAGCUAUCGUUCCGGACGGUAAUGGUGUUGAUGAAGCGAUGGACACUACUGGAGACCAGGCUAUCGAGAUUACUGGUGCGGAAUUGGACUUACUCUCGUCGAAGAAGAAGAGAAAGAAGAAGGGCUCGAAGUCCAAUGGUCUACAAGUUCAGGGGCUGAUCCAGAAGAAAGAGCCUCCAAAGCGCAAGGCUGUGAAACAGCGUAAAGAGAAGUCCAUAGAAAGAGCUUUAUUGAACAUGGAUAAGCAACAGGAGAAGCUUCAGAAAGAUGAGGUCAAGGCAGAGAGGAUUUCAUCUUUAAAGAACCUAUAUUAGCAUGUACAUAGAGAAAUAUUUAGUAACAUUGUCUCGAAAUUCAAACCUCUCUCUCGCAAGUUGGGAGAUUCCUUCAUGUUUGUCUUCGGGAACCGACUAUUCAGGUCUG